GACUCGGCGUCGGCGGCUAACUUAACUCUAAGCUUCAGUUGUCACUCAGCAGUCGGGAGGUGUGGUUCUAGCGCUUGGUGGCUCUCUCGACGAUGACUCGAGUCGUCAACCAAGGCUGAGUAAGGGAAUCAUUGCCAAAAUAUCUUAGUGGAAGUGACGUGUCUGCUUGCCCAUUCAACACUGGUAUUUUGUUAUCCUCGGGCAGAAAGCCGAGACAAACAAACAGCAGCAGAAUUUCUCCUGAAGGGUAAUGACAGGUGCCGGCAUUGUAUCCCCGGCGCCGGAUCUCGUGUCGGGAUGCCUGGCAGUGAUACAACGGCUACUGACGGCGGCGACGAGACGAAAGAGUUGGCACAGUCACAAGGCUGCCCUCACGGCGUACCUUCACGCGAACAUUCCCCACAACCUCCGGCAGCGCCUACAGGAGCGAGUGCUGGCCGACUGGAGAGUCUAUGACACAGUGACUCUGCGUCUCUUGGAACUGCUUUUCUCUUCCGCGACGUCCUCCUUGGAGCUCAUACACGUCAGGACCUUCUACAGGGACGCCUUCGUCAAUCUCCUGCCCAGACUCACGGGCCUUUCGCACCUUCAGAUACAGGACCCGGUAUGGACGCUCAGCAGACGACAACUGGGCGUCACUUUACUGUCCAUUUCUAAAAUGAGCUACUUGCGGGUGCUGACCUUACAAUACUGCGGUCACGAUGCCCUUCUGGCAGCUGCGGGGGCAAGCUGUCCUCACCUACAGGUCGUGGACGUGAUGGGCGCCAGAGGAGUGACCGACGAGGGCGUCUGGUCCCUCGUGACGGUCAGACCGGGCGGCUGGAGUGGAAUGAUGGCCCUCGAAGAGGACAUCAUCAAGAAGAAGAGCAUGGCGGUCAGGCUGGGAAAGUGCUGGGGAGCCGCUGUAAAGAGCAUCACCUCGAAGCUGCUCUUUGCUCUCAUGGAACCCAAGGAUCCCAAACUGUUGAAACACAUGCGUUCGGAUGGAGAGGACUCCUUCUGCUGGAGUCGUUGUACCUCGUCCCUGGUGCACAUUGACCUGCGGUGCACCAAGGCCUCCCCAGUUGGCGUGGCAAUCUUGAAACAGGCUCUGCUGACCAAAGCACAGAUAGAACAUGACAGCUUCUGCGACUGAUUGUGUGAAUUCCUUGAGGGGUCUUCCUUGUACCUUUAUUAUUAUUAUUCUUAUUUUCUUUUUAAGUCUCUGGAAACUGGCAGACUUGCUAACGUGCCUCAUCAACAUUUAAGGCUGUGGAAAAGGUGGAAAAGAAGCCUAAAGACAGCUUCCCCUGGUACUUUGUCCCAUUCUGGGGGCUCAGAAGUGAAAGAUUUAGCACCUAAAAGCAGGAAAAGGUUAAAAAAGGGCUUCUUCUUAUACUCUGUCCAUGAGGAUCUUAUGGGAGGACCAAAGGCCCAUGGAAACUAGAGAGAAAGAUGAAAAAUGGUUGGUUUCAUGAAAAAAAGAGAGGCUGUUCUAAGCACUGUGAUACAACAGAAAUCCAUCGUAUAAUGUUGUCCCUUGACACAACGGGUACACGUGAAGUAUCGUGAGAUCAAGGGGAAAUCUAGUCAUCAGAAAUGUAACCAACGUUGUACAUGAGCUCUGAACUGAGUUUGUUUCUCAAGCAGGUCACAAGCAAUGCUUCAUGCGUAAGGAAAAUCAUACUUAGCUGUUGUCUACUGGCGGUGGAUAAGAUUGCAAAGCAAAUUUAACGAAUGUGUUUGACAUCCCGUUCCAUAAGAUAAGAGCCCCAGAACACACUGCCGAAAUCAUUGCGUUAAUUUUAGCUUCGUUAUUCCAUUUCAAUAACUGCUUAUGGUAGGGCGGGCAUUAUUUAUCAAAUAUCUUCGCUGGAUACCAAAGAUUUUUUUAUAUAUUCGUUGUUUUUUUAUGUUCACAAUAUAAUUUUCAACAAAAUCUAUGGUGCUCAAGUUUUGUGGAGAUGAAGUUUCGUUUGUAAACCUUUUUUUAAACUGUCAAAAGACUGAUUUGGAUUUACGGAGGUUCGGAGUGAAGAUUAAGGAUAGAAUUAUCUAUCAACAAGUCCUAAGAAUGCAAUGGUGUCGAUAUCUGUGAACCGUUAUCGGGUAACUAUCUCUUUUUAAAAGAAAGUAACAAAUUAUUUUUCUGAUUUUAUUGCUAAAAAUUAAACAAACAUAUGGCGGCAUUUUCAGUUUUAUACUUCAUUUCGGAUUCUCCAUAGCAUUGUGGAGUUUGAUAAAGGGAGUGUUAAACGCCAUAAUUUUGUACUGCUUUAU